AAUCGGGUAGGGAAGAUGGCGUCAGUCAUCACUGUGCGGGGUCCAUUCGCGUUUAUGAGACGCCUGGUCUAUACACGUUUGCACAAGCACUGCUGCUCAAAGACCCAGGCAGCUUGCCUCGUGUACCGACCCCAAUCAUAUUACCUUAAUGCUGGGCAACAGUAUCGCUUCUUUCGCACUAGCUAUGUUGCAGCAAGACCAGUUAUGCAGUUUAAGCUCUCAGAUAUUGGGGAAGGCAUUAUGGAGGUGACAGUUAAAGAAUGGUAUGUGAAAGAGGGCGACAAAGUGUCUCAGUUCGACAGCAUCUGUGAAGUUCAGAGUGAUAAAGCAUCUGUAACGAUCACAAGCCGCUAUGACGGAAUCAUUCGUAAACUCCACUAUGAUGUCGAUUCAAUUGCCCUUGUGGGCAAACCUCUUGUUGACAUCGAAACAGUUGCAGGCCAGGUGGAGGGACCUCAGGAGGAUGUGGUGGAGACACCAGCCAUGUCCCAAGAGGAACACACACACCAGGAGAUCAAAGGACACAAGACUCAGGCAACCCCUGCAGUAAGACGGUUAGCUACGGAGAACAAUAUUAAACUAAGUGAAGUCAUCGGCACUGGAAAGGAUAGUCGUAUUCUCAAAGAGGACAUCCUCAACUUUAUAGCCAGACAGACAGGGGCCAUUUUACCCCCCACCCCAUUCCAGGAGAUUCAGCCUCCUCCUCCUGCUUCCGCUGUACCUUCAGCUCCAAAACCAAAAGAGAAGACAGCUCCACCCAGUAUUCCCACUCCUGUUGUCCAUAAACCUGUGUUCACAGGCAAAGACCACACUGAGCCUGUAAAAGGCUUUCAGAAAGCAAUGGUUAAGACUAUGUCAGCAGCCCUGAAGAUCCCUCACUUUGGUUACUGUGAUGAAGUGGAUCUGACACAGUUGAUUCGAUUGCGCUCCGAGCUGAAGGGAUUGUCAGAGUCUCGAGGUGUGAAGCUCAGCUACAUGCCGUUCUUCAUCAAGGCAGCAUCACUUGGGCUCCUCCACUUCCCCAUUCUUAAUGCCUCUGUGGAUGAAAACUCCACAAACAUCACCUAUAAGGCUGCUCAUAACAUCGGACUGGCGAUGGACACCAGUCAAGGUCUUUUAGUUCCUAACGUGAAGAACGUACAGAUGCUCAGCGUCUUUGAAAUCGCAAUUGAGCUCAACCGUCUGCAGACUUUGGGUGUGUCAGGCCAGUUGGGGACUGCCGACCUCACGGGGGGAACAUUCACUCUGUCAAACAUAGGAUCGAUUGGUGGAACCUAUGCAAAGCCGGUUAUAUUACCUCCCGAAGUUGCUAUUGGUGCUCUUGGGAAGAUUCAGGUGCUACCUCGGUUCAACCACAAAGACGAGGUUAUGAAAGCACAUAUCAUGAACGUCAGCUGGUCUGCCGACCAUCGAAUCAUCGAUGGAGCCACCAUGUGUCGUUUCUCCAACAUGUGGAAAUCUUACCUGGAGAACCCUGCCACCAUGGUCCUGGAUUUAAAAUAAAGACCACACUGUCCUCAAACACAUCUAGCCAUGCAAACCCACUUUCUGUAGUGACUGGUGAUGUCAUGUCCAGACACUACAGAUUUGUACUCCAGCAAAGAGCUCAUGUCAUCUGAGCCACUCCUUCAAUUAUGACAUGAACGGUGCACAUCGUUUCUGACUGUUGUUUUGAUGUUUGUUUCCUUUGUGUGUACUGUUAAGGUUUAAAGUUGUCUCCUGUUGUUGCCUUACUGAUGUAGGCUGUUACAUCUACCAGAACGUAUUAUGAAUUUCUGAAUGGUAGAUAAAAUGAACUUAUAAAUGUAGCGAUGUGAACACUAACCCAUGAACAUUGAUUUAUAAUCCAACUCUAUAGUUACUGUGAAAUCAUAAUGUCACUUCAGUGGCGUUGCACAAGGGUUUUAAAAAUGUAUCCACACUAGUUACAAACAGGUGAUAUCUGUCAGUGAAAAAAUACAAAAUGUCUUGGCGAAUCUCAGAAACAUGCAAGCUUAAAAUUAAAAGAAAAUUGUUAUAUAUUGCAAAGUUUUCAUUACAGAUUAAGUGCAUUUUAAUGUGUUCAGAUGUUUUACUUGGAGUUUUUUCUUUUUAAACUAAAAAAAAAAGUUAAAGUACGGCUAACACUACCAUGAUGUAUGAAUACUUUUCGAUUUAAAUAAAAACAUUAUUUUUUUUAAUUACAGUAAUGAAAACUAUUUAGUAAAAAAUCAAUGAAAAUGAAGCUUUUAAGAAAAUUAUACGUUCUUUUGAUUUUGGAGUGAAAUAUGACCAGGACAUGUUCCUGUUUCAUGAGAUUCACCGUCAUUUUUAUUUUUUUAAGAAUGCUGCUUUUCUUUUUAAUCUGAUGUCAUGGGUUUUGAAGGACAAUGGAAAUAUUGUGCAAAAUAUAUUCAUUUUGGCUGUGGGAAAUUUAAACUGAUGUAAUCUCAUCUUCUCUGGUUUGAUGAUUGUACACAUGGACACAAGUUUUGAAACGGUGACGUUCAACCACUAUUAAUGAAACAUCAGUGCUUCUUUUAGGGCCUUUUGAGUUUGUGAAUUUUAAAGAAAAGCAUUUUAAUAAAUUAUAU